UUCGACCAUCCCGCAAGCUACGGGAAGUUCAAAAAGUCACUACCUCCAUGGCCUUCCCGGGGUUUUCGAUUCACAGCAGCAAACCUUCUGGUUAGGGUUUUGUGCUUUCGUUAAUUUCGGGCAUGAAGUUUCUAAGACCACUCUACAGUUGCAGAAUGAAUUGCUUGAGAUCAUUUCCAACUCCCACAAGCAUGCGCUUCAGUAACACAAGCAUGUCUGCCGACUCCUUUCCUUUCAUUUUACCACGGGCCUCACUCCCGUCUCUUCAAUUCCGCUUCUCAACCAGUCGACUCCGAGCCAAAGACUCCCUGUUUGCGUUCGAUUCUUCUGAAACAGAGGGCGGGAGCAGAUAUGACUCUGGAGAAGCUCAGUAUCGUAGGGUUUACAAUCCGAUGAAGGGUGGGUUCGACGUGGUAAAGAGGAAAGAGCGAGAACUGGAACCUGGAUUUUCGGGUUAUCUUUCAGAGCUUGAGGAGUUGGAGAGGAAUAGGACCUACGGAGGUGCAAAGGGGCGAAAGUUGGGCGGUAGGCUUGAUGGAAAGCAUCUCGAGGAUGAAAAUGCGAGUAUAGUAAAUCGAGAUGGUUUAUCGAGUUCAAAUGGUCGAAAGCAGGAAAGCAGUGUGAGUAAUGAGAAUCUGAGCACGGAAGAUAAAUCGAGGAUGGGAGUUCCUGUAUAUAUUGGUGAUAGCGGGGCUGUAGAGAAUGUGAACAAACAUGGAAAUGGGAAGAAGGUGGAUUAUGUCAAAGGAGUGAAGUCAGGAUAUAUGCUCACAACUAAGAAGGAGAAGGUUAGAACUAGUUAUGUUUGUGAGAAUUGUGGGCAUACAGAAGGGCAAUGGUGGGGAUAUUGUCGCUCCUGUAAAUUUGCUGGGACGAUGAAGAAGUUCUCUGAAACGGGUGGUGGCUAUGGAGACAAGGUUAGUGGCAUUGUGGCCUCAGAAAAUAUGGUGAAGUCUUGGCUGCCUCAACAGGCUGCAGAGGUGAACCCAGUAAGUUUGGCCGAGGUGAACAGAGAUGUGAAUCAUUUGGAAUGGCGGAUCCCUCUGCCUGGACCUUUUGGAGAUGAAGUGGCUAGAGUUCUUGGUGGAGGUCUUGUUCCAGGUCUGUCUGUUUGAGCAUGAAAACCUUCAGUAUACUUACUGGACUUUAAUGGGCUGUAGGUUCUCUGGUCUUGGUUGGUGGGGAUCCUGGUGUUGGAAAGAGUACAUUGAUGUUGCAGCUAGCUGCAAUCAUCGCUGAAAGACAAGGGCAUGGGAAACAAGCUCCAGUUAUUUAUGUCUCUGGGGAGGAGAGUGUUCAGCAAAUUGGGAACAGAGCUGACCGCAUGGGAAUUGGAACAGAGGACCUUUACUUGUAUUCAAGCACUGAAAUUGAGGACAUAAUGGGGAAAAUUCAGAAUCUAUCUCCUCUUGCUUUAAUUAUUGAUUCGAUUCAAACAGUUUACCUUAACGGAGUUGUCGGAAGUCCGGGCGGAUUAACACAGGUCAAGGAAUGCACAUCAGCCUUGUUGCGGUUUGCAAAGAAAACUGACAUCCCAGUUCUGUUGAUUGGACAUGUGACCAAGUCUGGGGAAAUUGCUGGGCCUCGUGUCCUAGAGCACAUUGUUGAUGUUGUUCUAUAUGUGGAAGGGGAGAAGUCCUCGUCUCAUCGCUUACUCCGGCCAGUGAAGAAUCGUUUUGGGUCCACUGAUGAGCUGGGAGUAUUUGAAAUGUCUCAAUCGGGUUUGCAAGCUGUUUCCAAUCCAAGUGAGAUAUUCUUAAGUGAGCAGCACUUGGAAUCUGAUGUUUUGGCUGGACUAGCUGUGACUGUUGUGAUGGAUGGCUCUCGAAGUUUCCUUAUUGAAAUUCAGGCAUUAUGUGUUGCUGGUUCGUCAGCUUCAAAGAGGCAUGCUACUGGGAUUCAGUCUAGCAGAGCUGAAAUGAUUAUAGCGGUGCUUAUGAAGCAAGCCGGGUUGGCGCUUCAAGAGAAUAGCAUAUUCUUGAAUGUUCUUCGUGGGGUGGAGCUUACUGAGACUGCUGGAGAUCUUGCAGUAGCAGUUGCAAUCUGCAGUAGUUUCUUGGAGUGUCCGGUACCCAAUUAUGUUGCAUUUCUGGGAGAAAUCGGCCUUGGUGGUGAGCUGCGCACGGUACCCAGGAUCGAGAAGCGGGUGAACACAGUUGCAAAGCUGGGAUAUCAAAUGUGCAUCGUUCCCAAGUCUGCCGAAAAGGCUCUGGCAAGUUUUGGGUUCGAGGGGAUGAAAAUUGUCGGAUGCAAGAAUCUGAAAGAAGUCAUCAACACUGUAUUCAGACAAAAUGGGAGACACUUCCAAGAGAUGUUGUAGGAAGCUGAGAGGUUGGAUUCGCUUUUCAGAAUAGCCAGCCAACCGUUAUCCUCUCAAGCAAUAGCUGUGUAUCAUAGCUCUAUCAGGGUUCGGGUCUAUAUCAAUUGGAUGUAAAAUUUGGCGAUGUUAUAUAGCCAGUCAUAUAUAGUGCUGGGUCUUUGUCUAGCUAAUCUAAAAUCUGAUAGUUUCUAGUAAGCUUAAAUGUGCAUAUAUUUGGUCUUUUCAGACUUGUGCAUAAAUUUGGUCAUUAAAUAUUUAUUAAUAUACAAUUUGAUUA